AAUAGAACAACACAUGAACAUAACAUUGUGUGGAAGAUGCUGAAGACAGUUCCAGACUUAGCCUCCCAGCUAAAUGAUGAGCAUCUGAAAACACUUAGCAAGAAUAUCAUUUCUGAAACCUGGGUCAAAGGGAGCAUAGUGUUUGGAAAUGAUGGAUUUUAUGUGAUAUUGAAAGGCUUAGCUCAACCUUACACAGGCUUGUGUGAAAAUCUGACUGAAGAAAAUGACUUAACAACUUCUAUUAUACCUCAGAUCAGUGUCGUUUUCAACGAAGGCCUAAAAACCUAUUCAACUCCUGAGAUCUUCCUACCUCCAUAUGACUUAAUGCUGAGAGAAUGGAGUACCUUUGGAUCCCUGGAAGAGACACCUGCAAUUGAAUUAGAAACAAGGCCACUCUCAGUGGUGGCAGAAGAUGAUUGUGAAAUUCUUAAAAUCCCUGCAAAAGAUUAUGCAAAGUUAAAAUUGGAAAAAGCAAAACUUGAAAAUAUACACAAGAUGAAAUUAAUCCAUAAGUGUCCCUAUUAUGAGGAGUGGCCUACUUUAUCCAUAUGUGAGCUAACUGCACUUAUUAAAUGGAAAAAACUUCCUGCAGGUCAUGGUGAGUAA